AUGGAUCUCCGGUCGGUUCUUAACACGUCCGACAACAAUGGCGACCGCGCUCCCGCAAGGCCACCGCCGGCCGCUCAGCAGCAGCCUCAACAGCAACAGCAACGUCAGCAGCAGGAACAGCAGCAGCAGCCUCGUCAUGCUCCCAGCCCGGCCCAGUACACUCCGGGCGAGUAUUCGCAGCAGCAGCCGCCGCCUCAAGCAUCGCCAGCCGAGCAGCCUGCGAUGCACGACUAUCCGCACCCUCACCAACAGCAACAGCAGCCUCACCCGCAUCGACAUGCUUACCCUCAGCCUCAAUCUCACCAUUACCCUCAGCCGCAGCAACAGCAGCCGCCGCAUCAACAGCAUGCACAGCAGCUCCAGCAACACCAGCAGGCACACCAGCAGCAAGCACAUCAGCAGCAGCUACACACACAUCAGCAACAUGUACAACAAAUGCAGCAGCAGCAGCAGCAGCGUCCUUCCAACGCCUAUCCUGCGACGUCGCCCUUCCAGGCCCCGGGCCACUAUCAAUCCCAAUCCCGAUCUACCUCGAGGUCCAACUCUGGCCCCGUGAUAGCGUCACCCUACCGGCCGUCACCGACCUCGUCCACGACGCCUGGAGGCAGUGCGGGCUAUCCAUUCCCUACGCAGCAGCAGCAGCCUCCGGACAUGGUCAGCCCAAUCCAGCGGCAGUAUCCGAGCCAAUACCAGGACCCAAGACGAGACAGCUAUCCGCAGCAGAGCCCACAACUGGCCACGUACCAGCAGCAGCAGCAGCAGCGACAGCAACAGGAACAGCAAAUGCGUCAGUACAUGCCACCACAGCAGCAUCAGCGGCAACAAUCACAACCGCCAACACCAUUGCAACAGCCAUUGCAACAGCAGCAGCAAUCACACGCCGGGCCUCAUCAGCCUCAACCUCAUCCAUCGCCUGUCAGGGCGAGCAGCGCGUCCUCUUCGCUCCAGUACCCCCAGCACUCACCGACAGCGACUCAGCAGCACUAUGGGCCCUACGCACGGGGCAGCCCAGUCCCUGCAGCGCAGCCUCCACCUGCGGAUUACAGCCGCCACCCUUCUAAUUCGCAGCCGCCAACCCCUUUGGGCCCUCCUGGCAGUGCUAGCGGCGUGCGGCAGCCCUCGACAGCUUUUGCUCAACCGCCAAGCCCGUACCAGCAGCGCAUGUCUGUGUCUUCCAUAACGGGCGCUCCAGCUCCGGCACAUGCACACGCACACGCACAUUCGCACUCGCUCUCCCACCCGCCAUUGCAGCCCCAGCCACAGGCACAAUUGCAAUCGCCGUCGCCCUCACAGUCACAGUCUCAGACCCAGAGUACUCGGCAUCAGCAGCAUCAGCCUCAGGGACAGCCCCAGCCCCAGGCACAGGCACCGGCUCCGCUGAGCUCCCGGCCGCCGCAGCCUCAGGCACAACAACAACAACCACCACCACAGCCAUCACAACCACAUUCACACGCUCAAUCACAGGCACAGGCUCGUCCACCUUCUGCGCAAUCCUCAAUCCCGACUGAGGCUCCGGCCAAGACCCCGACCCAGACCCCGACUCAGAUCCCGGCGCAGGCACAGGCUCCGCCUCAGCCUCAGGUUCAGGCACAAACUCAGCCGUCGCCAAAACCAGCGCCGCCGCCACCUGCAACCCCUGCCCAUCGCCUGUCCUCGCACUCCUCCCACGGCUCCUCGCCCGUUACAGAGUCGACCCAGCAUCCACGAUCCCAACAGGGCCGAGAGCAGAGUCUGUCCGUUAGUCCCAAGACCAGGCUCGGCUCCAUCCCUAGCAAUCCCGACGCUACCCCGGCCUCGGCGGACCGAGCCGCGAGAUCUUCUCUCAGCGCCCAUCCCAUGGCGAUCGAUUCAGACCGAGCGGUAACGCCUGCAAAGCGCAAGCUGGAGGAUCUUAACAUGAGCCCUGGUGAAUUGGAGUAUAAGGAAUCGAAGCCACCUCCGGGCGAGGUCAACGGCGGCUACGCAGAACGCAUCCAAAAGUCGGCGUCUCCUAUCCUGCCCAGGAAAAGGCGGGCAAGGCGCUCCCAGCCGCCAAUCUGGGCCCUGAGCGUUCACACUCUGGGUAGGAAGCUACCAUCCAACGUCAAUUUUGUUCUCCAGAAGCGAAUUCACUCCCACAUAAACACGGCCCUCAAUGGCAAGCACGAGCCUGCCGUCAAGAACGAGCACCCUAGCCGCCAGCCUUCGCCGGAAGCAAAGAGAAAUCAACAAGCCAGUGUCAGCCAGCAGCCAGCCAGUGCUGAACCUGACCCCCAAGACAUAUUAGGUCCGUGGGAAGCCAGCAUCGCCGGUGUUAAGCCCAUUGAGGAGCUGUCCAAGAACGUGGCCGAUUUUCUCUUCGUCAACGUCGUUAGCAACCAGGACAUACAAGAAAUUACAAGCAGGGGAAUCCAGUUUGAGAUCGAAGCUAAGCUGGGCACGCUCAUCGACAAGGAUACAAACCAGCGCGUGGACCGGUUUGUUGCUACUGAAUGCAUCCUUGACGACAACGGGCGGGUUGCAUUCAGGAGUAGCAUGACUGAGGCACAUCACAAAUCAUUCAACGACUACCUCAACAACGUCGUCAUACAGACAGACCCCCGAAACCCCAAUGGCGGCGCCAAGCGAGUCCCGGUCAUUUACAAGCACAGGCGGGAGAUUGAUCGCUUCUACGAUCUGCCCCCAGAGAUGCACGGCCACCUUCCCGGAUGCGUGCGGGCCCGCCUUGGCUCACGCAGUCGAAAUGUUCGAGUACGAGUCACAUAUGACCAAAAGACGAACCAGACCCUGAAUAAGAUCAUCAAGGCGCGUGUGGCAGACAUUGACCUGCACAUGCCCAUGGCCCCGAUGGACUGCCGCAUAAGCAUCAACCUUGAGAUGAACUGGGACGGAUCUGUCGAGGAGCUAGAGCAGCUGUCGGCGAACAAGUCAGAUCGACAACCUGAUCGUAACAAGGACCGCUUGAGCUACAAGCAAGGUCACUACCAAAUUGAUCUAACGCAGGUUACUCAUGCCGUCAAUGGUCCAGGAAAUACCCAACGGAUGGACAAGGAACACGAGCUCGAAAUCGAGUUGAAUCAUCUAGCGCUCCUCGACCAAGGACGAAGAGCCAUGAGCGGCGCCCCCCACAGAUACCAAGAGCUAGUGGAGGGCUUCGUAGACAAUGUACGCCUGUUGGCGCGAAAAGCAAAAGAGUUUGCUCCUAGACCAUGA